ACCGGAGCACCCGGAGAAAACCUCGCGUCGGUCAUGGGGAGAACGUACAAACUCCGUACAGACAGCACCAGCAGUUUGGAUUGAAAUCGGGUCCCUGGCUUUGUAAGGCAGCAACUCUACCACUGCGCCACUGUGUUGCCCCACUAGCACGAUGCUAGUCCCAUUUGCUCAUGUUUGGCCCAUAUCUCUCUAAACCUUUCCCACCCAUGUCCAUGUUAUAGCACCUGGCUGAACACAUGCACCCACCGCCCUCUGAGUGACUGGGACCUUGAAGCCCGGACCCAAUGGGCAUUCGGGAGCUGAGGGAAAGGUUGGCUUCCAUCGCUCCGGUGACAUGGAGGGUCUUCCCACCUGGGCCUCAGGGGGUCUAGGACCCAACGGCACUGGGCCAGAGCAGUCGCCGGUGGAGACGGUCGCCAGGGCGUUCCUCUACCUGCUCGUCCUCGCCCUCGGGCUCCCGCUCAACGCUCUGGUGCUGACGCUGAUCUCCCGGUCGCGCUCCCUGAGGAGUGUCGCCAACAUGUUCGUGGCGUCGCUGGCCGCGGCCGACCUGCUCCUCCUCCUGCUGGGCCUCCCCUUCGUUGUCGCGGCGACCGUGGCCGGGGCCUGGCCGCUGGGCCCGACCGCCUGCCAGGUGACGGGCUUCCUGACCUUCUCCCUCAGGCUGGUGUCCAUCUUGUGCGUGGCGGGCAUCGCUGUGGACAGGUACUACCUGAUCGCCCGGCCCUUCAUACUCACCGUGACCAGGGCCAGAGCAAAGAGGACGAUGGCCUUCCUGUGGUGGACCGGUCUCCUGUGCGGACUGCCCCCACUCUUUGGCGUUGGCCUCUACAGGUUUUCCCCUUCCAAGUGUUUGUGUGACUACAGUUGGCCUGACGGAGGUUCGAGCCUGGCUUACGGCCUCUACAUCUUUAUCUGGGUCUACCUGACAUCUGUGGUGGUGGUGACCACCUCCUAUUACUUAAUAUACAGAGUGACGAGGCAACGCCUCUUGGCCAAGGCCCGACGUUCUCCCCACAGCUUAUCCUCUGACCACAAUGGCACCCUAGUACUCCAGGAGCCCAAGGCAUUCAGACGCUCCAGCCUCCCUCGAAUGUGGGCAGGCCUCAUGUCCUCCAGUUCCAUCUUUAACCUGAGUGGGACGGGGGCGUUGGACGUGGCGAUGGAAGCCAAGACGGCCAAGACCAUCCUUGGGGUGGUGGCCACCUUCCUGGUCACCUGGCUGCCGUACUUCGUCUCCAACCUCCGCCGCCGCGCGCUCUCCCAGGACGGCACGGGCAGGAUGCUGGAGUUCCUCGCCACCUGGUUAACCUUCACCAACUGCGUGCUGGACCCGCUUCUCUACGCCUUGCUGAACCGCCAGAUCAGGCGCCGGGCCAGGGAGCUCCUGUGCCUGUGGUUCGGUCUCUCGGCCCAGCCAGUCUCGGAGGGGGUACCGAGGCGGGCGUGCCGGGGGCCGACCCGGGACCUGAGCAGAUCCGACAUGGCAGGGAGCCCAACUGCCUUCUCCAUCACCCAAGAGCUCCAGCGGUCCACACCGUCUCCGUCCCCCCGGGACCCCCCGCCCCGCAGGCUCCCGCUCGCUGCCCACUGAGGAGCCUGGCAACGGGGGCCUGGCAAGUUCCCACGGCAACGGGGCCUAACCACGCUGCCCGGCAACGGGGCUGGCGAAGGAGCUCGGCAACGGGGCCUACCACCCGGGGCUCGAAUGGCCCUGCCUUCAGACUGGCCUUUAACCCUAGCAACGAUCGACGACCCUGGCAACCGCUCGCAACCCCUGUGAUGGUGACUUUGGGCAACAGUCGGUGACCCUGGCAACAGUCGGUAACCCUGGCAACAGUCGGUGACCGUGGCAACAGAAAAUGACCUAGGUGACGGAUGAGCAUGGCAACUGUCGGCGACCCUUGUGAUAGUAACCUUGGUAACGGUCGGUGACCCAACCAACGGGUCGGUGACCCUGCCAACAGUCGGUGACCAUGGCAACAGCCAAUGACCUUGGUGACAGAUGACCCUGGCAAUGGAGGCGACCCCUGUUAGGUAACUCUGGCGUUGGCUGGUGACCCCGGCGACAUGCAGUGACCCCUGCAGCGAUAGUGACCCAACCAACAGACUGUACCUAAUAAUUAUUAUUGAUAAUCCUGUCCAUAUAGGGUCGGUGGUCAAUAAUCCAGCACCAUUCACAAUCAGCCCCUUCAGGAGAAGGUCAGUAACCACGGGGGUCACACACUGACCACUGAUGACCACCUGGGGAAUGGUCAGUGAACCGGACAGUGCCAGUGACCGGGCAAUAUUGUGACCCACCUCCUACCCCAGGGAUGGGCACCAACUUGCCUACGUCUCCCCCAGCCCUGGGCAAUGACACCGGGGCAAUGGGCUAUGGAACUGUGCUGAUGGGCAUUGGAACUGGGCUAAUGAAUAUUGUAAACUGGGCAAUGAUAUUGUGACUGGGGCAGUGGGCAUUGGGACUGUGCUGAUGGACAAGGGAGCUGGGCUAAUGGGCAUUGUAACUGGGCUAAUGGGCAUUGGAACUGGGCAAUGACAUUGUGACUGGGGCAGUGGGCAUUGGGACUGAAUCGAUGAGCAUUGGAGCAUUGGGACUGAGGCGAUGGGCAUUGUAAACUGGGCCAAUUGGGCAUUGUGACUGGGUCAAUGGGCACUGGAGCUGGGACGAUGGGCAUGGGCAGUGACUGGGGCCCAAUGAACAUGGCUCCAAUGGACAAUGCUGAGGAGUGGGCCUAUCGCUGGGAACAUCUAACGGGAAAAAGUAUUGAUGUUGUUUUGUCAUUGUCACUUGUACCAAAAUACAGUGAAUACCUGGUCUUUGCGUGCUUCCCUAUCAGGUCCUGUCAUACAUGAGUACAAUCAAACCACACACAUGUGCAACAGGUUGUGCAAAGAGAAACAUACCAGAGUGCAGCAUACAUGUUGUAGUGUUAUAGUUACAGGUAUAGAAAAAGUGCAAGGGUAGCAGUGAGGUUGGUUGGGAGGUAACGAGGAGACCUGUAAAGAAUAUGCAAUAAUGAGAGGCUUUGAUAGGGUAGACAGUCACAACCUUAUCCUCUGGAAGGAAAUAUCAAAUACUAGAGAGAAUAGCCUUAAGGCAAGAGGGGCAAGGUUCAGAGGAAUGUGUGGGGUAAGUACUUUGACUCAGAGGGUGGUGAGUGCCUGGUAUGCACUGCAGGUGG